AUCAUAUGACGCAAUUCGAUUUCGAUACAAAAAGACCCGCAACCAGCCAGUUGGCCGUGAAUCUGCAAGAAAAACACAACUAAAUUCCUACCAAGCGUGUCCGACUUCUAUUUUCAAGAAUGAAGUUGUUCUUGCUGGUGAUUGGGUUGCUGUUUGGCGCAAGUCAGAGCAGGGUUCUCUUGCAGGGCUUCUGGUGGGAUUUCUCGAACGACAAUUACCCUAAUGCAUGGGCCGAUUACCUAGCAGAGCUAUCGCCCAGACUUGCCGAAAUGGGAAUCGAUUCUGUCUGGGUACCGCCGACCAUCAAGAAUUCCGGCUAUGGAGUAGGUUACGCACCAUUCGAUCAUUACGACCUCGGAGACAAGUAUCAGAAAGGCUUCACUGGAACACGCAUCGGCACCAAGGAUGAACUUCUCCGCAUGGUGGCUGUCAUGCACGCCAACGGAAUCGACGUCAUCCAGGACGGCGUACUUAACCACCUCAUUGGAGCGGGAGCUUCAGACGGUUCCGGUGGAUCUGAUCCCGCUGGAUGGAACGAUAAAUACACCAAUUUCCGUUACGUCAGUUUCGCCACACCGGCCACGACGGAAACUGCCAGCGAUUACCUUUCGCGAGCUGGACGAUUCCCAAAGAAUUGGCAAAACUUUCACAACAACCCCGGACAUGAUUGCAGGGAUGGGGACAUCUGCGCUGGAUAUUGGGGCCCCGACAUUUGCUAUUAUCCGGGCGCUUACGGCCAAAGUUCCAACGCCGCCUACAAUCCUGCGCAGUCAUCCGAUUACAUGCGUGACAAAAUGCGCAGUUGGCUCAUUUGGUACAAGAAACAAAUGGGCAUCGAUGGGUGGAGAUUUGACGCUGUCAAACAUUUCCUCCCGGAAGCGAUGGAAGACUUCCUCUGGAACCUACAAUUUAAUGCCGGAUGGGCCAGUGGAGGAGUCGGAAUGUUCGCCGUAGGGGAAUAUGUUGGAGGAGGUAACGAACUGGAUAAUUGGUGCAACAGCGUACAGAAUAGGGCAGGAACUUUCGAUUUCGGACUGCGCGGGUCGAUUUACGGCAUGAUAACUGGCAAUGGCUUCUUCGACAUGGGGUCCAUUCCAGGAUCUCAGCAGGGAAACCGAUUGCGGACCGUCCCUUUCGUUAACAAUCACGACACAUUCAGACCGAUCCUCACGCCGGAAGGCAAUUACAACGGCUGGGAUUCAUCUCACGAAUUGGCCGCUCACAUCAAUCCUUAUGACGGACGCCUCUCGGCUGCCUACGCCAUCGCGUUCGCUGUGGAUGGCACCCCAACUGUUUUCAUUGAAGAUCUCUUCGAUUUGGGCGUACUAGGCAAUCGUUUCACUCACGAUCCUAAAGUAGCCGCUCAGUUGCCUAUGCGUUCGGACAUCGCCAACAUCAUUUGGUGUCAUCAACACCUUCGUUUUAAGGAAGGCGUUUACAAAGUACCGCACAGAUCAGCUGAUUUGCUAGUCAUUGAACGAAGUGCUAAGGCUAUCGUCGGAAUCACCGACAGCUGGACAGUUUGGCAGACGGCCACUGUAUCAACGGAUUUCCCGGCAGGAACUGUGUUGAAAGAUUAUUCCGGAGCAACGGUCGAAACGGCCACAGUCGGUGGAGAUAGGAGGGUUACCAUCAAAGUUCCACCUUGUAACGGAGAAGCUCCGGGCGGAAGGAGAUGUUACGCCAUUUGGGGCCCUCUUACGCCGCCUGGCUACACACCUGCCCGACGUGAAACGACCCAAGAAUGGGAAAUGGCAGACGAUUUGGGUGACAGUCAUCCGCUUUCUUUGCAACAAGGCGGAAAGCUUCCAGCCAAUUCCACUGAAACGCGCACGGUCGGAAGGAUCUUCGUAGCCGCUUCCUCUCCCGUUACUUUCUAUCUUUUCUUAUCCGACCCUUUGAAUCCAGUUACAAUUGAAUUGUACAAUGAUAAUACGCUGGUUCACAGUGAAGCACCGAGCACCGAAGGAAGUUAUACUUCGAAUUUCACCGGAUGGCUGACCGUCAAGGUUAGAAAUUCGGAGGCCACAUCACCCGGCCAGGUAGUUUGGGUGGUCAUGACAUACAAACCACCAGCUCAAGUCACCACAGACCUUUUCGACGCCAAAUUGAACGCCACCGGUGACUGGGACCUCUAUCACCGAAUGGUUAAUCGACCACGAUCCAAACUUUGAGUUUAAACGCAAAUCGUUUAGCUGUUGAAGACGAUUACUUUCUUAGUUUGUCGUUGAAACCAGUAAACGACAUGCCACCUUUAAAAGAUAUAUAAAUACAUUUAAUGUUUGAAAUUGA